CGGUCGCUUAAAUUUACCGCCUUAACUACCUACCUACUCCAUACCCCGCCAUCCUCAGUCAACGACUUUCACACUACCUCAUCAACGUCACUCUCUCUUCAUCCUUCAACAAAGUUCCUGCAAGUAAAUCUCUCAAUUCCUUCCUUCGCUUCCGUACGCCGGCAAUGUCUUCAUUCGCUGCAAGUCCGACAUUGUACCCCCCGCCUCUGAUUGAUGCUGCGGCCGCUCCCAUUGAAAAUCCCCUGCUGGUGAGGUGUGUCGAGGGAGAUAUCUUCACCAACUCUCACCCUCUAUGGAAACCACCUCGAGGCCGGACUGUGUUUGGUGGAAUCUUGAUCGGCCAAGCCAUUCAAGCGGCUCAUCAAACUGUCGCCCCCGAUUUCUUUGUCCACCACAUGAAUUGUUCCUUCCAUGCACCCCCCGACGCUGAGAAGCCGAUCUACAUCCGCGUCUCACGGACUGCCGAUGGCAGGUCAUCUGCUUCGAGAGACGUCAAAAUCACACAAAACGAGACCAUCUUCUUUUCAGCUCAAUGCACUUUCUCGCGAAGUGGGCGAGUAAACCCUGUCGUACACCAGUCUAGCCCAUCCCCAUCUCCUUUGGGGGCCAUCCCUCUGGACCCCGAAUUAUCCCAGUCAGACAAGAUGGCCUUUUCUCAAGAGAUGGCUCGGUCAGGGUUCCUUACUUUCAAAGGGCCAAGCACAAGUCGGCCAGAUGUUGAUCCAUUCUUAUGGCAUGAUGUAGCAUCGAUAGAGGAUCCGGUAUCCACUCCGUCUACAAACACAAUCUACUCUUGGACGAGAUCUUACGGAAACAUGACCGACUCCCGAACAAGCCACUUGGCUGUCCUCGGCUGCCUAACAGAUUCCUGGGCUCUCACCAGUCUUUCACUCAUGAACCCCACCGCAGUGGGGGAGGAUGGAAGGAAUAUCACCUCAGUAGCUACAUUGAACCACACAAUUUGGUUUCAUGAUCCUUGCAUGCGUCUCGACGAUUGGUUACUCCUCAAGAGAGGUAGUACAUGGGCAGCAGAAGGAAGAUGUUUGGUUGAGCAGCAGAUCUGGGAUAAGCACGGAAAGCUUGUGGCUACAUGUGUUCAGGAGGGAGUUUUGAGGUUGAAACAGCCUGAAAGUGGGCGAGUUGGAUCAACCAGCAGUAAAAUCUAACAUGUCGAUUAAUCGUCGAUAUCAUUUUGGAGCCAACCUAUCAGAAUAGGCAAUUAGCUCCUAGUCCUCAUCUCAGACUGAGCCAAGAAUUUAGUCAACGUCGGAGAAAAGGGAACUAGUCUACUAGUCUAGGUACCUAUCAGACGAAACAUUCGUUGCAUUUCGAAAGGUGAAUUGACCUGCCAGAUAUUUCUGCCAAGCG